UCUAUAAAUCUUCUAUUGGGUUUCUAACUUCAACUCUGAUACCUUUAAAUUCCCAGGGACUUCUUGAAUUCUGUGAUUUUUUUUUUAAAUGGCCUCCUCAGAAGGGAGGAGGGCCAGGUGUUUAUAUAGUGGCCUGGGACACUCACCAUAAUCUUCCUCUCUACCUGAGGGCCACCUCCGAGGUCCCCCAUGGCUCCUCCAGUUUGGAUUCUGAUGCUGCUGGUGGGGGCUGCCUGGGGCCAGGACCAAGUAACUGCCUCUGUCUGGAGACAGAACUCUCUGGACCCAAAAGUGAUGGUGCACACUUCGAGGGAGAGUUCCAUUGUCUCGAAAUGUGACUUUGAAGAUAAUUCCAGACCUUUCUGUGACUGGUCUCAAAUGUCUGCAGAUGAUGGGGACUGGGUUCGAACUACUGGGCCCUCCAGCACGGGUACUUCUGGCCCCCCAGGGGGCUACCCCAAUGGAGAGGGCUACUACCUGCACAUGGAUGCCAACAACUUCCCUCGGGGCGGGGUGGCUCGUUUGCGCAGCCCUGACAUAUGGGAGCAAGGUCCACUCUGCAUCCGUUUCGCCUACCACAUGUUUGGGCUGUCAUGGGGUGCCCAGCUCAGACUGCUACUGCUCAGGGGCCGGAAGCACCCCCGGCCCAACGUGCUCUGGAAACACUUGAACACCCAGAGUCCCUCUUGGAUGCCCACCGCUGUCACUGUGCCAGCAGACCGUGAUAUACCAAGCUGGCUGAUGUUUGAGGGCAUGAGGGGAAAUACCGCCUACCUGGACAUCUCUCUGGAUGGCCUCUCAAUCCGGCGGGGUACCUGCAACCGGAUCUGCAUGUCCCAGAUGUGCACCUUUGAUACUCUAAAUGAUCUCUGCGGAUGGAGCUGGGUCCCAACUGCCACCGGGGCUAAGUGGACCCAGAAGAAGGGAUCAUCGGGGGAGUUUGGUGUGGGGCCUGAUGAUGACUUCUCCAGCCCUGGUAGUGGCUACUACAUGCUCCUGGACUCCGCGAACGCUAGGCCAGGACAGAAAGCCGUGCUUCUGAGUCCCCUGAGCCACUCCAGUGGAUGUCUGACCCUGUCUUUCAGCUACAUCAUGCGCGGCCGGUCGCCUGGCGAGGGCCUUUUCGUCUAUGCUACAUUCUUGGGCAACAUCCGGAAACACACUCUCUUCUCAGGACACCCCGGACCCACCUGGCAGUCUGUGUCUGUCAAUUAUACAGGACAGGGACAGAUACAGUUCAUGGUGGUGGGUAUGUUUGGAGAGAUACCAGAGCCAGCAAUAGCUGUGGAUGCGAUCAGCAUUGCUCCCUGUGGGGAGAGCUUUCCUCAGUGCAGCUUUGAAGACAGAACUCAUCCUUUCUGUGACUGGAACCAUGUGCUUGGAGAUCCUGGACACUGGAGCUGGGGAAGCAAAAACGUACCCACCCCCAUCUCAGGGCCCCCAAGAGAGUUCCCAUAUGGAGGGGAUCAUUAUAUUUACUUCGAUUCAGUCAAGUUAUCCCAGGCAGGACAGUCUGCCAAGUUGGUGAGUCCACCCUUCUGUGCCCCUGGGGACGUCUGUGUGGAGUUUGCUUACCACAUGUACGGCCUUGGAGAAGGGACCACACUCAAGCUCCUGCUGGGGAGUCCUGCGGGCAGUUCGCCCGUUUCCCUGUGGAGCCGUGUUGGAUCUCAGAGCACGAGCUGGGUGAACAGCUCUGUCACCAUCCCGAAGGGACAUCAGCAGCCCAUGCAGUUGUUUCUCGAGGCCACCCGGGGUACCAGCACCGCCUUUGUCGUAGCUGUGAAUUUUAUCUUCAUCACUCAUGGACCAUGUCGGGGUAAGAUGAAACUCGAGGGCCCAGCCUCUCCCACCCUCAGUACCGGGAAUAGAACCCCGUGCCUCAUAGCUGCCGGGCAAGCACUCGUGUGCUCUGUCACACUCCAGAUUUUGUUUUUCUUUGUAGUAUCGCAGCAGACAGAGAUUCUACCUACUGGUCCUUCUGAAAACAUUGUCUUUGUAGUCCCUACAGAAGCAACCUCUAUUUCCGUAGAAAUAUCUUCCACUCACACUGAAGAGACCACCAUCCCUACAGAAGUGGCCACUGUAACUGUGGAAGUAACCAGUGUCCUUCAGGGUAGCAUACCCACAGAAGUGACCAGCGUCUCUCCUGAAGGGACCAGUGUCUCUCCUGAAGGGACCAGUGUCCUUCAGGGGAGCAUACCCACAGAAGUGACCAGCGUCUCUCCUGAAGGGACCAGUGUCCUUCAGGGGAGCAUACCCACAGAAGUGACCAGCGUCUCUCCUGAAGGGACCAGUGUCCUUCAGGGGAGCAUACCCACAGAAGUGACCAGCGUCUUGACCAGCGUCUCUCCUGAAGGGACCAGUGUCCUUCAGGAGAGCAUACCCACAGAAGUGACCAGCGUCUCUCCUGAAGGGACCAGUGUCCUUCAGGAGAGCAUACCCACAGAAGUGACCAGCGUCUCUCCUGAAGGGACCAGUGUCCUUCAGGAGAGCAUACCCACAGAAGUGACCGCUGUCCCCACAGAAGUGACUGCCAUCCCCACCAUCCCUACAGAAGUGACCACUGUCUCUCCUGAAGGGUCCAUCAUCUCUACAGAAGUGACCACUGCCACCACAGAAGUGACCACUGCCACAGAAGUGACCACUGCCACCACAGAAGUGACCACUGUCUCUCCUGAAGGGACCAUUAUUCCUACAGAAGUGACCACUGUCUCUCCUGAAGAGACUACCAUCCCUACAGAAGUGACCACUGUCUCUCCUGAAGAGACUACCAUCCCUACAGAAGUGACCACUGUCUCUCCUGAAGAGACUACCAUCCCUACAGAAGUGACCACUGUCUCUCCUGAAGAGACCACCACCUCUACAGAAGUGACCACUGUCUCUCCUGAGGAGUCUACCACCCCUCCCGUAGGGAUUACUAUCUCCUCUGAAGAGACCACUGUUCUUACAGAGCAAUCUACUGUCCUCAUGCAAAUGCCCACAACCUGUAGACCACCCUGUCCAAGCCCUUCACAGGUUCCAGGUGUCUUGACGACCAGCAUGGCCACAGCUACAGAGAGCUGCCCUGCAAAUGCCCACUUUGAAUUGUGUGCAUGCCCUGCAUCCUGUGAGAGCCCCAAGCCCAACUGCCAGUCUCCCUGCAGCCCUGGCUGUGUCUGCAAUCCUGGGUUUUUGUUUAGUAACAAUCAAUGCAUCAACGAGUCUGCCUGCAAUUGCUUCUACAACAACAAGUACUAUCAGCCUGGGGAAGAAUGGUUCAGUCCCAACUGCACUGAGCGGUGCCGCUGCAUGCCCGGCAGCCGGAUGGAGUGCCAGAUCUCUCAGUGUGGGACACACACUGUCUGCCAGCUGCAGAACGGCCAGUAUGAAUGCCAGCCCUAUGGUAGUGCUACCUGCCUGGUCUAUGGGGACCUUCAUUUUGUCACCUUUGAUGAGAAGAACAUUGACUUCACAGGGACAUGUACCUAUAUCUUGACCCAAAUCUGCGAGAACACCACAGAACCAUCCUUUAAGAUAACUGCAAGCACUGAGGAACGUGGAGUAGAAGGUGUAUCCUCCCUAGACAAAGUCUUCAUCACCCUGCCAGAGACUACCAUUACCAUGAUCAGGGACAGAUACACACUGAUUGCGGGACAGAGAGUCACCCUCCCAGUGAUACCUUCAAAUGGCAUCUUUGUGGGUCUAAGCGGGCGAUUCGUGGAGCUGAGGACGACAUUUGGUUUGCGUGUGAGAUGGGAUGGUGACAAGCAGCUUUUUGUGACUGUGCCCAGUACCUACUCAGGCAAACUCUGUGGUUUCUGUGGGAACUAUGACGGGGACAGCAGCAAUGACUACCGGAAGCCGGAUGGCACAAUGACACAGAAUGAGGAUGAACUGGGGAAGAGCUGGCAGGUAGAAGAGGAAGAGGACAAGAAUCUUGCUGACUGCUUGGGUUGGGUCUCUUCCAGGUGUCAGAACAAGAAGAGCCCCCCAUCUUGUGAUCCAGCCUUGGCGAGAACUAUGUCGGGGUCCAACUUAUGUGGCCAGCUUGUCGACCCAAAAGGAACCUUUGAGGCAUGCCUGCUCUACAUGAAGGCCUCAUCCUUCUUGGAUAACUGUGUAACGGACAUGUGUAGCUUCCAGGGGCUCCAGCAGAUGCUCUGUGCUCAUAUGUCGGCCAUGACUGCCACCUGCCAAGAAGCCGGCUAUGCCGUGAAGUCCUGGAGGGGACCCGAGUUCUGCCCCUUGGACUGCCCUCAAAACAGCAGGUACUCCCUGUGUGCCAAACCAUGCCCGGAUACCUGCCAUCCUGGAUCUGCUCUCCAGCCCUGCCCAGAACAGUGUGUGGAAGCCUGCGAGUGUGACCCUGGCUUCGUCCUCAGUGGUUUUGAGUGUGUCCCUCGAUCGCAGUGUGGGUGCACCAAUGUUGAGGGACGCUACUUCAAGAUACAGGAGCAGUGGUUUAACCCGGACUGCAAAGAGAUCUGCAUUUGCGAAGGCAACAACAGCAUCCGCUGCUGGCCCUGGAAGUGUAAGGCCCAGGAAGCCUGUAGCCAUAAGGAAGGCAUAUUAGGCUGCCAUGCCCAAGGUGAAGCCAUCUGCGUUGCCUCCGGUGACCCCCACUACCUGACAUUUGAUGGAGCUUUGCAUCAUUUUAUGGGCACCUGCACUUACGUACUGACCCGGCCUUGCUGGUCCAAUUCUCUAGACAACUUUGUUGUGAGUGCCACCAAUGAGAUCCGUGAGGGUAACUUGGAAGUCUCCAGUAUCAAAGCUGUCCAUGUGCAGGUCUUUGACCUCAAAAUCUCCCUGUUCAAAGGUCGAAGGGUCAUGCUGAACAACCAACGGGUGGCACUACCUGUGUGGCCUUUAAAAGGACGGGUGGCCAUUAGGUUGAGCGGCAUCUUUGUCCUGCUCUACACGAACUUUGGGCUUCAAGUUCGAUAUGAUGGAAAACACCUGGUGGAGGUGACAGUGCCUUCCUCGUACACUGGCUCACUCUGUGGGCUGUGUGGGAACUACAACAAUAACAGUUUGGAUGACAAUCUGCGUCCAGAUGGGAAGCCUGCGGGCAACUCACUUCUGCUGGGAACUGCUUGGAAAAUACUUGAAGCCUCUGAUCCUGGCUGCUUUGUAGCCGGGGGCAAGUCUUCCAGCUGUGAGGAGAACAACAUGGACGAGAGCUGGAAUAAAAAGUGCUCCAUCCUGAUGAACCCUCUUGGGCCUUUCUCCAAUUGCCACGAGGCGGUGCCCCCGCAGGCCAGCUUCUCCAGUUGUGUGUAUGGCCAGUGUGGGACCAAAGGGGACACCCUGGCACUGUGCCGCUCUCUGCAGGCCUACGCAUCCCUGUGUGCCCAAGCUGGCCAGGUGAUUACCUGGCGCAACAGCACCUUCUGCCCUCUGAGGUGCCCACCCAUGAGCAGCUACAACCCAUGUGCCAACCCCUGCCCAGCCACCUGCCUCACCCUAAGCACCGCAAGAGACUGUCCAGACCUGCCCUGUGUCGAGGGCUGUGAAUGCCAGAAAGGCCACAUCCUGAGUGGAACCACCUGUGUGCCUCUCAGACAGUGUGGCUGCAGCGACCAGGACGGCUCCUACCACCUGUUGGGGGAGAGCUGGUACACAGAGAAGACCUGCACCACCCUCUGCACAUGCUCCGUCCACAGCAAUGUCACCUGCAGCAGCACGGCCUGUGAGGCCAACCAAGUGUGCUUGCGCCAGGAUGGGCUGCUGCGCUGUGCUGCAGAGAUGGCAGAGUGUCACAUCUCAGAGGAUUCUCAGAUUGUGAGCUUCGAUGGCCAUAGCCAUCCUAUCCAAGACACAUGUACUUACAUCAUGGUCAAAGUGUGCCACCCCAACAUGAACCUGCCUUUCUUCACGAUCAGUGCCAAGACUAGCAGGGACACCCACAGUAAAAUCAAGACUUUCAGUGUCUAUCAGCUGUACAUUGACAUCUUCAACUUCCGAGUCAUUCUGCAGAGAGACCAUUUAGUCCUGAUCAAUAACACGCCAGUCACCCUUCCUGCCACGACCCAGAUCCCAGGAGUCAGCAUCACGACCGAAGACGUCUAUACCAUUGUCACAAUUAAGGACGAAGUUCAAGUCAAAUUUGAGAGCAACAGUUUCUUAGAUAUCAAAAUUCCUGCAUCCUCUAAUGAAAAGGUCUGCGGGGUAUGCGGGAAUUUCAAUAGCGAAGAAGAGGAUGAACUCAUGACAUCCAGUGAUGAACUAGCUUAUGAGGAGGCGGAGUUCAUGGAGAGCUGGAAAGAUAAGGACAUCGACCCCAAUUGCCAGAACAUGGAAGAGCAGAGCCUCCAAGUGGAGCAGCAGGAGAUCAUGAAUGGAAAGUGCAAGGUCAUUGACUUCGAGAAAGCCCUGGCAUACUGCCAGGCUGCCCUCCAGAGUUCUGCCUGGGCCCAGUGUGCCGCCCGGGUACCCCUCAAGCCCUUCCUGCUAGGAUGCAUGAAAAACUUCUGUGAGUUCAAAGAGCUCUUCCGUGCCCUCUGUGAGGCUCUGCAGUCCUUCGAGGACGCCUGCCAGAACCACGGGCUCAAGCCGCCCAUCUGGAGGAACAGCAGCUUCUGCGCUCUGGAAUGCCCAGCUCACAGUCACUACACAAACUGCCUUCCCUCUUGUCCACCUUCCUGCUUGGACCCGGACAGCCGCUGUGAGGGCUCUGGCCAUAAAGUCCCUGCCACUUGCAGGGAGGGCUGCAUUUGUCAACCGGGCUACGUGCUGAACAAUGACAAGUGUGUGCUCAAAACUCACUGUGGCUGCAAAGAUACCCAGGGUGUCUUCGUCCCGGAAGGCAAGAACUGGAUCUCCAGCAGCUGUACCCAGAACUGUGUCUGCAUUGGAGGGGCCAUCGAGUGCCAGAAUUUCCAGUGUCCCUUGGGGGCUCAGUGCCAGGACAAUGAGGAUGGCAGCAGUAAUUGUGUCAAAAUCACUCUGCAGUGCCCGGCCCACAGCCUCUACACCAACUGCCUUCCCCCAUGUCCGCCUUCCUGCUCCGACCCUGAUGGCCACUGCAAGGGCACCAGCCCCAACCUCCCCUCCGCCUGCAAAGAAGGCUGCCUCUGCCUCCCUGGCUUUGUGCUUGAUAAGGACAAGUGUGUACCCAGAAUUCAGUGUGGCUGCAAAGACACCCAGGGUGCCUUCAUCCCAGCAGGCAAGACUUGGAUGUCCACAGGCUGUACCCAGAGCUGUACCUGUAUGAGAGGGGCCAUCAGGUGCCGGGAUUUCCAGUGUCCCUCAGGGACUCACUGCAAGGACAAUGAGGACGGCAGCAGUAACUGUGUCAAAAUCACUUUCCAGUGCCCGGCCCACAGCCAGUACACCAACUGCCUUCCCCCCUGCCCACCUUCCUGCUCGGACCCAGACGCCCACUGUGAGGGUGCCGUCACCACAGCCCCCUCUACCUGCAGGAAGGGCUGCAUCUGUCAACCGGGCUAUGUGUUGGAUAAAGACAAGUGUGUGCUCAGAAUUGAGUGUGGCUGCCAAGACACCCAGGGUGUCUUCAUCCCGGCAGGCAAGACCUGGACUUCUAGGGGCUGCACCCAGAGCUGUACCUGCACGGGAGGCGUCAUCCACUGCCAGACUUUCCAGUGUUCCCCAGGGACCUACUGCAAGGACAGUGACGAUGGCAGCAGUCACUGUGUCAAAAUCACUCUGCAGUGCCCGGCCCACAGCCAGUUCACCGACUGCCUGCCCUCCUGCCAGCCUUCCUGCCUGGACCCAGACGCCCACUGUGAGGGCGCCGUCACCAAAGCCCCCUCUACCUGCGAGGAGGGCUGUGUCUGCCAACAUGGCUAUGUGCUGCAUGACGACAAGUGUGUACCCAGAAUUGAGUGUGGCUGCCAAGACACCCAGGGUGUCCUCAUCCUGGCAGGCAAGACCUGGAUCUCCAGAGGCUGUUCCCGGAGCUGCACCUGCAUGGGAGGGGUCAUCCAGUGCCGGACUUUCCAGUGCCCCCCGGAGACCUACUGCCAGGACAGUGGCAAGGGUGACACCAGUGACUGUGUCAACAUAACUCUGCAGUGCCCCGCCCACAGCCGCUACACCAGCUGCCUGCCUUCUUGUCUGCCUUCCUGCUGGGACCCAGAAGGCCUCUGUGAGGGCGCCAGCACCACAGCCCCCUCCACCUGCAAGGAGGGCUGUGUCUGUCGAGAUGGCUUUGUGCUGCAUGAAGACAAGUGUAUGCUCAGAAUUCUGUGUGACUGCAAAGACGCCCAGGGCGCUCUCAUCCCAGCGGACAAGACCUGGAUCAACAGAGGCUGUUCACAAACCUGUACCUGUGCGGGAGGGGUCAUCCACUGCAGGGAGUUCCAGUGUCCCUCGGGGACUUUCUGCAGCGACAUGGAGGAUGGCAACAGUAACUGCACCAAAAUCACUCUGCAGUGCCCGGCCCACAGCCAGUUCACAGCCUGCCUCCCCCCCUGUCCGCCUUCCUGCUCCAACCCGGAUGGCCACUGUGAGGACGUCAGCACCAAAGCCCCCUCCAGCUGCAAGGAGGGCUGUCUCUGUCAUCCAGGCUUUGUGUUGAAUGAGGACAAGUGUAUACCCAGAAUUGAGUGUGGCUGCAAAGACACUCAGGGUAUCUUCAUCCCGGCAGGCAAGACCUGGACCUCCAGAGGCUGCACCCAGAGCUGUGUCUGCACAGGAGGGGUCAUCCAGUGCCAGACUUUCCGGUGUCCCUCAGGGACCUACUGCCAUGACACCAAUGAUGGCAACAGUAACUGCACCAAAAUCACUCUGCAGUGCCCCGCCCACAGCCUAUUCACCAACUGCCUACCUUCCUGCCUGCCGUCCUGCUGGGACCCAGAAGGCCUCUGUAGUGGCACCAGCCAUAGCGUUCCCUCCACCUGCAAAGAAGGCUGCGUCUGUCAACCUGGCUAUCUGCUGUAUAACGACAAGUGUGUGCUCAGAAUUCAGUGUGGCUGCAGAGAUGCCCAGGGCGUUGUCAUCUCAGCAGACAAGACCUGGAUCAACAGAGGCUGCACCCAGAGCUGUACCUGCUCAGGAGGGGCCAUCCUGUGCAAGGAGUUCCAGUGUCCCCCAGAUACUUACUGCAAGGACAUGGAGGAUGGCAACAGUAACUGUGCCAAAAUCACUCUGCAGUGCCCGGCCCACAGCUACUACACCACCUGCCUUCCCCCCUGUCCACCUUCCUGCUCCGACCCUGAUGCCCACUGUGAGGGCGCCAUCACCAAAGCCCCCUCCACCUGCAAGGAGGGCUGUGUCUGCCAACCUGGCUUUGUGCUAUAUAACGACAAGUGUAUACUCAGAAUUGAGUGUGGCUGCAAAGAUGCCCAGGGCGUCCUCAUCCCGGCAGACAAGACCUGGAUCAACAGAGGCUGCACCCAGAGCUGUACCUGCAUGGGAGGGGUCAUCCAGUGCCAGACUUUCCAGUGUCCCUCGGAGACCUACUGCAAGGACACCGAGGAUGGCAACAGUAACUGUGCCAAAAUCACUCUGCAUUGCCCCGCCCACAGCCGCUACACCAACUGCCUACCUUCUUGUCUGGCUUCCUGCUCGGACCCAGAAGGCCAGUGUAUGGGCACCAGCACCACAGCCCCCUCCACCUGUAAGGAGGGCUGUGUCUGCCAAUCUGGCUUUGUGCUGCACAAUGACAAGUGUAUGCUCAGAACUCAGUGUGGCUGCAAAGAUGCCCAGGGUACUCUCAUCCGGGCAGACAAGACCUGGAUCAACAGAGGCUGCACCCAGAGCUGUACCUGCUCAGGAGGGGCCAUCCUGUGCAAGGAGUUCCAGUGUCCCCCAGAUACUUACUGCAAGGACAUGGAGGAUGGCAACAGUAACUGCACCAAAAUCACUCUGCACUGCCCGGCCAACAGCUACUUCACCGCCUGCCUGCCCUCCUGCCAGCCUUCCUGCUCUAAUAUGAAUGCCCACUGUGAGGGCCCCAGCACUAAAGCCUCCUCCACCUGCAAGGAGGGCUGCGUCUGUCAAUCUGGCUAUGUGCUGCAUGACGACAAGUGUGUACCCAAAAGUCAUUGUGGCUGCCAAGAUGCUCAGGGUGCUCUCAUCCCGGAAGGCAAGACCUGGAUCACCAGAGGCUGUGCUCAGAGUUGUGACUGCGUGGGAGGGGUCAUCCAGUGCAGGACUUUCCAGUGUCCCUCGGGGACCUACUGCAAGGACAGUGAGGACGACGACAGUCGCUGCACCAACAUCACUCUGCAGUGCCCGGCCCGCAGCCGCUACACCAGCUGCCUGCCCUCCUGCCCACCCACGUGCUCGGACCCACAGGGGCUCUGUGGGGGCACAAGCCCUAAAGUCCCUUCCACCUGCAAGGAAGGCUGCGUCUGUCGAGCUGGCUUUGUGCUGCAUAAUGACAAGUGUAUGCUCAGAAUUCUGUGUAGUUGCAGAGAUGCCCAGGGCGCUCUCAUCCCGCCAGACAAGACCUGGACCUCCAGAGGCUGCACCCAGAGGUGUACCUGUGUAGCAGGGACAAUCCACUGCAGGAAUAUGCAGUGUCCCUCGGGGACUUUCUGCAAGAACAUGGCUGACGGCAGCAGUAACUGCACCAAGAUCACUCUGCAGUGCCCGGCCCACAGCCAGUUCACAGCCUGCCUCCCGCCCUGUCCGCCUUCCUGCUCCAACCCGGAUGGCCACUGUGAGGACGUCAGCACCAAAGCCCCCUCCAGCUGCAAGGAGGGCUGUGUCUGCGACCACGGCUUUGUGCUCAACGAGGACAAGUGUAUACCCAGAAUUCAGUGUGGCUGCAAAGAUACCAGGGGUGACCUCAUUCCACCAGGCAAGACCUGGACCUCCAGAGGCUGCACCCAGAGCUGUGCCUGCGUAGGAGGUGACGUCCAGUGCCAGACUUUCCAGUGUCCCCAAGGGACCUACUGCAAGGACAGUGACGAUGACAGCAGUCACUGCGCCAAGAUCACUCUGCAGUGCCCAGACCACACCCACUACACCGCCUGCCUUCCCUCCUGUCAGCCUUCCUGCUCGGACCCAGAGGGACACUGUGAGGGCACCAGCCUUAAAGUCCCCUUCACCUGUAAGGAGGGCUGCGUCUGCCAACCUGACUACGUGCUGCAUAAUGACAAGUGUGUGCUCAGAACUCAGUGUGACUGCAGAGAUGCCCGAGGUGUCCUCAUCCCGGCAGGCAAGACAUGGACCUCCACAGGCUGUACCCAGAGCUGUACCUGCAUGGGAGGGGCUGUUCAGUGCCAGAAUUUCCAGUGUCCCUCAGAGACUUACUGCAAGGACAAUAAUGACGGCACCAGUAACUGUGUUAAAAUAACUCUGCAGUGCCCAACCCACAGCCUAUUCACUGACUGCCUACCCCCUUGUCUACCUACCUGCUUGGACCCGGAUGGCCUCUGUAAGGGAACCAGUCCCAAAGUCCCCUCCACUUGCAAGGAGGGCUGCAUCUGUCAAUCUGGCUAUGUGCUGCAGAAUGACAAGUGUAUGCUCAGAACUCUGUGUGGCUGCAAAGAUGCCCAGGGUGCUCUCAUCCCAGAAGGCAAGACCUUGGUCUCCAAAGGCUGUACCCAGAGCUGUGCCUGCAGGGCAGGGAGCAUCCACUGCCUGGAUUUCCAGUGUCCCCCAGGGACUUACUGCAAGAAUGACAAUGAUGACAGCAGUCACUGUGCUGAAAUCCCUCUACAGUGUCCAGUCAACAGCAGCUUCACCGCCUGCCUGCCCUCCUGCCCACCCUCUUGCUUGAACCCAGAGGGCCACUGUGGAGGCACCGGCCUCAAAGUCCCCUCCACUUGCAAAGAAGGCUGCCUCUGCCACUCUGGCUUUGUGCUUGAUAACGACAAGUGUGUCCCCAGAAUUCACUGUGGCUGCAAAGGUGCCCAGGGCGCUCUCAUCCCGGCAGGCAAGACCUGGACUCCUAGAGGCUGCACCCAGAGCUGUACCUGCAUGGGAGGGGCUGUUCAGUGCCGACAUUUCCAGUGUCCCUCAGAGACCUACUGCAAGGACAAUAAUGACGGCACCAGUGACUGUGUUAAAAUAACUCUGCAGUGCCCGGCCCACAGCCUCUACACCGACUGCCUGCCCUCCUGCCAGCCUUCCUGCUCCGACCCAGAUGCCCACUGUGAGGGCACCAGUCCUAAAGUCCCUUCUACCUGCAAGGAGGGCUGCGUCUGCCAACCGGGCUAUGUGCUGAGUAAUGACAAGUGUGUGCUCAAAACUGAAUGUGACUGCAAAGACACCCAGGGUCCUCUCAUUCCAGCAGGCAAGACCUGGAUCACCAGAGGCUGCACCCAGAGCUGUACCUGCACGGGAGGCGUCAUCCACUGCCAGAAUUUCCGGUGUCCCCAAGGGACUCACUGCAAGGACAACAAUGAUGGCAGCAGUCACUGCGCUAAAAUAACUCUGCAGUGCCCAGACCACAGCCACUUCACUGACUGCCUUCCCUCCUGCCCACCUUCCUGUGCCGAUCUGGAUGCCCACUGUGAGCACACCAGUCCCAAAGUCCCCUCUACCUGCAAGGAGGGCUGCCUCUGCCAACCUGGCUACUUCCUGAACAAUGACAAGUGUGUGCUCCGAAUUCACUGUGACUGCAAAGACGUCCAUGGUAGCCUCAUUCCGGCAGGCAAGACCUGGAUCUCCAAGGGCUGUACCCAGGACUGUGCCUGCACAGGAGGAGAUGUCCAGUGCCAGAAUUUCCAGUGUCCCUCAGGGACCUUCUGCAAGGACAGUAGUGAUGGCAACAGUCACUGUGUCAAAAUCACUCUGCAGUGCCCGGCUCACAGCCAUUUCACCAGCUGCCUUCCCUCCUGCCCACCUUCCUGCUCUGUUCUGGAUGGCCACUGUGAGGAAAACAGCUCCAAAGUUCCCGCAACCUGUAAGGAGGGCUGCCUCUGUCAGCCUGGCUACUUGUUGAAUAAUGACAAGUGUGUGCUCCGAAUCCAGUGUAGCUGCAAAGACGCCCACGGUGGCCUCAUUCCCGCAGGCAAGACCUGGAUCACCAAAGGCUGCACGGAGAGCUGUAACUGCAUGGGAGGGACCAUCCAGUGCAGGACUUUCCAGUGUUCCCCAGGGACCUACUGCAAGGACAGCAGUGACGGCAGCAGUCACUGUGUCAAAAUCACUCUGCAGUGUCCUGCCCACAGCCGCUACACAAACUGCCUUCCCCCAUGUCUACCUUCCUGUACCGAUCCGGAUGGCCACUGUGAGGGCACCAGCCCCCAAGUCCCCUCCACCUGCAAGGAGGGCUGCCUCUGCCAACCUGGCUACGUGGUGAAUAAUGACAAGUGUGUGCUCCAAAUUCACUGUGGCUGCAAAGAUGCCCAGGGUGCUCUUGUUCCGGCAGGCGAGACCUGGGUCUCCAGUGGCUGCACCCAGAGCUGUACCUGCGUGGGAGGGGCUAUCCAAUGUCGAAGCUUCAACUGCCCCCCAGGGACUCAGUGCCAGGAUGGCCGGGACGGCCACGUUAACUGCACCAAAAUCCCUCUGCAGUGCCCCGCCCACAGCCGCUACACCAGCUGCCUACCUUCUUGUAUACCUUCCUGCUCGGACCCAGAAGGCCUCUGUGGGGGCACCAGCCCAAGAGUCCCCUCCACCUGUAAGGAGGGCUGUAUCUGUCGAGCUGGCUUUGUGUUGCAUAACAACAAGUGUAUGCUCAGAAUUCUGUGUGGUUGCAAAGAUGCCCAGGGCGCUCUCAUCCCGGCAGAAAAGUCCUGGCUCUCCAAGGGCUGUACCCAGAACUGUACCUGUGUGGCAGGAAACAUUCAUUGCCGGGAUAUCCAGUGUCCCUCGGGGACUCACUGCAAGGACGAUGCUGAUGGCAGCAGUCACUGUGUCAAAGUUGCUCUGAAAUGCCCACCCCACAGCUACUACACCAACUGCCUUCCUUCCUGUAUCCCAUCCUGCUCCAACCUGAAUGAGCACUGUGAGGUCCCCAGCGUCACAGGCCCCUCUACCUGCAAAGAAGGCUGCCUCUGUCAAUCUGGCUUUGUGCUCAAUAAGGACAAGUGUGUACUCAGAAUUCAGUGUGGCUGCAAAGACUCCCAGGGUGCCCCCAUUCCGGCAGGCAAGACCUGGAUUGCCACAGGCUGUUCCCAGAAAUGUACCUGCGAGGGCGGACUGGUUCAGUGUCACGAGUUCCAGUGCCCCUCGGGGACUCAGUGCCAGGACAUCGAGGAUGGCAGCAGUGACUGUGCCGAAAUCACUCUGCAGUGCCCAGCUCACAGUCGCUACACCGACUGCCUGCCCUCCUGCCAGCCUUCCUGCCUGGACCCUGAGGGCUUCUGCAAGGGCGUCAGCCCCAAAGCCUUCACCUGCAAGGAGGGCUGCAUCUGUCAGUCUGGCUAUGUGCUGAGUGGUGACAAGUGUAUUCCCAAGAUUCAGUGUAACUGCAAAGAUCCCCACGGUGACCUCAUCUUGGCAGGCAAGACAUGGAUCUCCAGUGGCUGCACCCAGAGCUGUACCUGCGUCAAUGGGGCCAUCGAGUGCCACACCUUCACCUGCCCCUCGGACACCCACUGCCAGCACAGUGAUGAUGGCAGCAGUAACUGUGCCUCCAACACCCCUCCAUGCCCAGCCUACAGCCACCUGACCGACUGCCUGCCCCCCUGUCUGCCUUCCUGCCUGGAUCCUGAUGCCCACUGUGAGGGCACCAGCCCCAAAGUCCCUGCCGUCUGCAAGACAGGCUGCCUCUGUCAACCGGGCUAUGUGCUGAAUAACGACAAGUGCAUCCCCAGAAUUGAGUGUGGCUGCAAAGAUCCCCAGGGCACUCUCAUUCCAGAAAGCAAGACGUGGAUCUCCAGUGGGUGUACCCAGAGCUGUACCUGCAGGGGAGGGGCUGUUCAGUGUCAGGACUUCAAAUGCCCAGUAGGGACCCAUUGCCAGCACAGUGUAGACGGCAGCAGUCACUGUGCCAGCGACGCUCUGCACUGCCCGGCCCACAGCCUCUACACCGCCUGCCUUCCAUCCUGUCUGCCUUCCUGCUCGGACCCAGAGGGCCUCUGCGAUGGCUCCAGCACCAAGGUCCCCUCCUCCUGCAGGGAGGGCUGUGUCUGCCGAUCUGGCUAUGUGCUGCAUGAAGACAAGUGUGUGCUUAGAAUUCACUGUGCCUGCAAAGUCUCCCAUGGUAGCCUCAUCCAGACCGGCCAGACAUGGAUCUCCACUCACUGUACCCAGAUUUGUGCAUGCAAGGGAGGACUCUUUCAGUGCCAAAAAUUCCAGUGCCCCUCAGGGACCCAGUGCGAAAAAUAUGAAGAUGGCAGCAGUAACUGUGUCUCCAACACUCUGCAGUGCCCAGACAACAGCCUCUACACUGCCUGCCUGCCCCCCUGUCUGCCUUCCUGCUCCAACCCGAAUGGCCACUGUGAGGGCAUCAGCACCAAAGUCGCCCCCACGUGCAAGGAGGGCUGUGUCUGUCGACCUGGCUACCUGCUCAACAAGGACACCUGUGUGCACAGAGACCAGUGUGGCUGCAAGGAUGUUAAGGGUGACCUCAUCCCGGCGGGCAAGGCCUGGAUCUCUAGUGGCUGCACCCAGAGCUGUGCCUGCGAGAGUGGGGACAUUCAGUGCCGGGACUUCAGCUGCCCGUCGGGCACCCACUGCCAGCACAAUGAAGACGGCAGCAGCAGCUGUGCAGCCAACAAAUUGGAAAAGUGUACCAUCUUUGGGGACCCCUAUUACCACACUUUUGAUGGCUUGAGCUACCGCUUCCUGGGCCGGAUGAACUACUACCUCAUCAAGACAGUGGACAAGCUCCCAGAGGGGGUGGAGCACCUGGUCAUAGAGGGGCGCAACAAAGUGACCUCCACAGAGAGUCCGACUUUGCACGAAGUGACCACCAUCGUCUAUGGCUAUAAAAUCCAGCUCCAAGAAGGGCUUCUAGUUUUGGUCAACAAUCAGAAGGUGUCGGUCCCCUACAAUCCAAACAACCACCUGCAGAUCAUCUUGCGGGCACAGCGGCUGUUUCUCAUCACUGACUUUGAAAUGGUGGUGGACUUUGACGGAGAACACAAUGCAGUGAUCUCCUUGCCUACCAUGUACCAUGGGCUGGUACGGGGCCUGUGUGGAAACUAUGACAAGAACCGAGACAAUGAUUUCAUGUUGCCCAAUGACAUGCUCACCUCAAACCUCAAUACCUUUGGCGACAGUUGGGAGGUGAAGGUGGAUACCCCCUUCCGAUUGCCAAGGGCCCUGCCAGAAGAAGACGAAGGAGAGGAAAAUCCUGACCUUCUGCUCUCAGAGUGCAGCCCAGAGCAGACAGCGCUCAUCAGCAGCACCCAGGCCUGCAGAGUGCUGGUGGACCCGCAGGGCCCCUUUGCCGCCUGCCACCAGAUCAUAGCCCCAGAGCCCUUCGAGCAGCACUGUAUGUCUGACAUGUGCGCUGGAUGGAAAACCAAAGAAGAGGAGGAACUUCGCUGCCGGGUCCUCAGUGGAUAUGCCAUCAUUUGCCAGGAGGCCGGUGCCAACAUGACUGGCUGGCGGGACCAGACACACUGUGCCAUGACAUGCCCUGCCAACACUGUGUACCAGCGCUGUAUGACGCCCUGCCCAGCAUCCUGUGCCAAAUUUGUGACCCCCAAGGUCUGUGAAGGCCCCUGUGUGGAGGGCUGUGCCAGUAUCCCAGGCUACAUCUACAGUGACACCCAGAGCCUCCCUGUGACACACUGCGGCUGCACUGCCAGCGGCAUCUAUUACAAGCUGGGUGACAGCUUUGUAACUGACGACUGCUCCCAGCAAUGCACCUGUGCAAGCCAGGGGACCCUGCUGUGUGAGCCCUACGGCUGCAGAGCCGCAGAGUCCUGCACCGUGGCCAACUUCACUCGAGGCUGCUUCCGGGAUAGCCCGUGUCUACAGAACCCCUGUCACAACGAUGGCCGGUGUCAGGAGCAGGGGGCCACCUUCAUCUGCCACUGUGACCCUGGUUAUGGAGGAGUACUGUGCACGGAACCUCGGGAUAUCCCACCCAGAAAAAAGCUAGAAUCCUCCAGCUUACUGGCCAUCCUGCCAGGCGUGUUUGUGAUGGUGUUGGUCCCUUUCUUACUGCCCAGGAUGUAUGUUUACAUGACCACAAGAACUGCCAUGGCGAGGGGGAAAGUGUUGAGACGAAAUAGACAUAGGCUGGAGGACACAGAUGUUCCAGAGCCUGCCUUCAAAACCACCGAGUUCUGACUUAUCCUCAAACAAACAGAUAAAAAUAAUUUAUUUUUUUAAAUACUUUUUUUU